GCUAAAAUCAAUGAUUGUGCUUUCGUGAAAUACUCAGAUGGAUUUCAGUUGACGUGUGUUUGUUCCGGAGCUCACUGCAAAGGCGAGACAUGCCUUGGAGAACUAUGCAGUUAUGUGAUAAAUCAUCGAACAAAGGAAGUAGAAAAGGGUUGUGUGAACGCUUCGGUGCCAUUAGUGGAACGACGAUCAAUGGGCUCGUGUAUGAUUCCUCCGAUCACUGGAGCAAUGCACCAUUACAGUAGGCAAAGUACAGGUUCGAUGUUUCAGGACGCAUCCGAUCUGCUGAAGACCGAGUCAUGCGUAUGCGCAUCGGAUUACUGUAAUGCGGAAAAACCGCAAAUCACUGUUCCUGAACGACAGCAGUGCCAAACAUUCGUCACAGCAAAGGUGAUGGGAACAUCGAUGAGCUCCAAGAAUGUCACUUGUACUGGAGAAGUUCUGUUUCAAGGCACGAAUCAAGUCAAAGCUGGGCCAUAUGACAGAGUACAAUACGAUCGGAUGUGCAUCGUUCACUGGCGACGAUAUGUU